ACACGAAUCCCACAAGCCACAGUCGAUCAUCGAGCCGUGCGUUCUUCUCCCAUCCAUGGUCUCGCUCCCAUGGAGAUCCUGAGCUAGGAGAAGGUGACAUACGGCUCAGAUAGUCAUCGACCGCGCCACCUAACGCGCGCCUCGCUGCCUAUAUACCCUCCCUGCUCUUGCGGUGUCAGUUCAGUUCGUACGUGCGUGCUGUCGUUGCGGCCUUGCGGGUAGCUCCAUCUGCAUGGGGAGAAUGGGUUCGGCGGCGGCGGUGGCGGUGGCCGUGGUGGCGGUGCUGUGCGCGGCGGCGGUGGCGAGGGUGAGAGGGGAGGACACCGUGGACGAGGACACGCCCGGGGCGUCCUUCAUCUUCGGGGACUCGCUGGUCGACGCCGGGAACAACAACUACCUCUCCACGCUGUCCAAGGCCGACAUGAACCCCAACGGCAUCGACUUCGCCGCCUCCGGCGGGACGCCCACCGGCCGCUUCACCAACGGCAGGACCAUCGCCGACAUCAUAGGGGAGAUGCUGGGCCAGGCGGACUACUCGCCGCCGUUCCUGGCGCCGAACACGACGGGCGGCGCGCUGCUGAACGGCGUGAACUACGCGUCCGGCGGGGCCGGGAUCCUGAACGGCACGGGCCGGGUGUUCGUGAACCGGAUCGGCAUGGACGUGCAGGUGGACUACUUCAACAUCACGCGGCGGGAGCUGGACGGCCUGCUGGGCAAGGAGAAGGCGAGGGAGUUCAUCCACAAGAAGGCCAUCUUCUCCAUCACCGUCGGCUCCAACGACUUCCUCAACAACUACCUGAUGCCGGUGCUCUCCGCCGGCACGCGCGUGGCCGAGUCGCCCGACGGCUUCAUCGACGACCUCAUCAUCCACCUCCGGGAGCAGCUCACGCGGCUGCACGCGCUGGGGGCGCGCAAGUUCGUGGUGGCCAACGUGGGGCCGCUGGGAUGCAUCCCGUACCAGAAGACGCUGAACCGGGUCAAGGACGAUGAGUGCGUGAAGCUGCCCAACACGCUCGCUGCGCAGUACAACGGCCGGCUGCGCGACCUGCUCAUCGAGCUCAACGCCGGCGGGCUGCCGGGGGGCAGGUUCCUGCUGGCCAACGUGUACGACCUGGUGAUGGAGCUCAUCGCCAACCACAGGAAGUACGGGUUCUCGACGGCCAGCGUGGCCUGCUGCGGCAACGGCGGCAGGUACGCCGGGAUCGUGCCGUGCGGGCCGACGUCCAGCAUGUGCGACGACCGGGAGAACCACGUGUUCUGGGACCCGUAUCAUCCCAGCGAGAAGGCCAACGUGCUGCUCGCCAAGUACAUCGUCGACGGCGACAGCAAGUACAUCUCCCCCAUGAACCUCAGGAAGCUCUUCAAGCUCUAGACGGAGAGACUGGCUCGAUCGAUCUGGCUUCGUUCCGUCGGUGACAUUUUGCGUUUUGGUUCGUGAAGUUUGGCAUGUAUAACUUGGGAGCAUAUUUUGAUGUAUGAACCCUAGCUAUGGCGAUCGCGCGUAUGUACGACUGGUUUGAAGUCGAUUUUUUUUUUGAAAACAAUACAAAUGCAGAGGCUCACAUUCACGUCA